CCUCUUUCUCUCGGUUUCAUGCAUCUUUCUUCUUUUGUUCCAUUAUGAGUACCCCCUAAAUCAUUUUCUGCUGCGUCUGCCCCCUUUUCUCCCUCGUUCCUGCGUUAAAAAUCGUUUUUUUUUAUAUUGGUUUUCCUUCCUCGCUGGUGCCGUCUCAGAUAUGGGGAGUGUCUAGGGUUUGAAGAAGCUGCUGGUGCUGCCUGAUCAUCUACGUCUUUCUCUUUGUAGUUGAUGCUGUUUCUGGUGGUUUUGUUUCGUUAUUGACCGGAACGUGAUUCAUGGAAGGUGGAAUUUGCCGUACUUAAAGGGGGAUUUUGGUUCGGAAAUUGUCCUUUUGGUUGUUUUCUUAUAAGGCUUUGAUUCGAUGCUGCUGCUUAUGGAAAUGGUUGAUGUGAUCGAAAGAGCUGGAUAGAGUGAUUCGGUUGCAAAUAGUUGGUUUUUUGUUCAAAAGGGAGUAGAUAAUAUUGUUAGUGUUGUAGAAACGGUGGGCGAGAAUAAGAUCAUGGUUGAGGAGAUGGAUCUUGUGCAUUUGGUGAAAGAUAAUCAAGCAGAGGAUGUUUUGUGUUCGGAGAUGGAAAUAGAUGAGAAUGAUGUUCUCAGUUGCAUGAAUGACCACCACAAUGUCGGGAGUGAGAAGGGUGAGGGAAGCACCGUGGUCUUUUCGAGGGAGGCUCCUCUCCUGACAAAGGACGCUCUGAUCUCAAAAGAUUAUGGCUGUGGCUCCAAGAAGAUCAGAUCAAGAGCCUCUGUUUUGAUGGAGGAGUCUGAGGUCAGAAGUAAGGACAAAUGGAAGCAAGAGAAGAAACUCAGUAGGCAGGACAGGAUCGAGCUGGGCCGCCUGUUUCAGAGAGUAGUGAGUUCCCAGGAUUCUGAGCUAGCUGAGAACCUGAUUCAGUUGGCAGAUCCACAAACACUUAAUGAUAUGCUGUGCAUAGCAUUGGAUUCUAUAUGGUUCCUGACGAGUCGACAGGAACUGAAUAUUAUUACUGGGCUUAUCAAGAAGAUUGUUGCCAAUGGAGCGAAUGAGUUCACGAGGGCAGCCCUCAGGACAUCAUUUCUGGCUUCAUGUGUUUCUGCGUGUCAAAGCAGAACAAUGAGUUUGGCUGAUACUGUGGGCAUCAUGGCCCAGAGGUUGCAUGAACGUCUACAAGAAUGUCAUAGUGAUGAGGUUUUGAAGGCAGAAGCUGGUGCCAAGGUCCAGAAGUUCACAGAAUGGGCUUUGAAGUGCAUCGGAAUUCAUUGUCGUUGCCAGGAGAACAAGGGUAGAAGAAAUCACAGCACAAUUGUUGAAGUCCAACUUCAAUUGUCAGCCUUUAAGACAUUUUUGGAUAUUGCUGGCAACCAUCUUUCCGGAAAGGAUUUUACUGAGGCUUUUGAUGCGGCAUGCUUCCCUCUUACUCUCUUCUCUAGCUCAUUUGAACCUGGUUGGGCAUCUGGCACAUCAGCAACUGCAAUACAAGGAUUAUUGGGAAUGCUUGUGGAAGGCGGGGCAGAUAAUGUAAACCAAUGCUUUCUUGAAGCAUCAAGAUUUGGGAGUACAGAACUAGUACGGAUGUUACUACAGAUUGCUCAAAGGAACAGCUUGGAUGUUGAUGUUGAUCUUGCCCUGGGUUUUGCUUCUCACUACUCUAAAAUUGGAACCAUGGAGUGCUUGGUUGAAGAAGGGAAUGCCGGGGCUUUCCUGGGUCCUUUGAUGCGAGCUGCAGAGAGGGGCUGCAUGCAGGUAGUUCAAUGGUUUGUAACUCGGGGAUGUAAGGACAUGGAGCUAUGCCUUGCCCUUACUGCUGCUGCCUCUAGCAGCCAGGUCGGUAUUGCAGCUUACCUUCUACCACACAUCCCGCAGCAUGUCCUUGCUGCCCUCAGCAUUGAGAUCCUAAAAGCAGCAGGGGAAAGGAGCAGCGGGUCUCUAGAUGGUGUUGUGUUCCUUCUUCGCAGCGACUUCCUUGGUGAUCCUGCAGCAACAUAUGCUGUGGCUGACAGCAUGGCGAGGUCCAGUGAUGAGUCUGUGGCAUCUGACCUGAGAGCUUUUCUGAAGGAGCAUUGGUCUGAGGCUGCUUUUGCCGAGGGCUUGCGUUUCGGGCAAGACCACUUUGUAAAUAUCAUGAGGAUUUUUAGAAGGGGCAGUUCACCCAUCCAUCUGAAAGACCUGCCGCAGCCCCUGGUGACGGCCAUAGCAUACCUUCCAUUAUAUAGGGAGUGUCUGGAGGCUGGUGGGCAGCUGCUGCCGCAGAAACUAAGAGGGCAGCUUGUGGAGGCUGCUCAUAGGGUCAGCGGAAGGCCUGUGAGCAAGAACAGCCAGACUAGAGAGCUAAUGGCAAUCUUGGAGCAUCACCUGCCUACCUUCUUUCUGCAAGCUCCAACUGUCUCCCGUGCCGCAUACAGGUAACUAAACUAGCCAGUAAGGCCUGGAAUCAAGGAACAUCAGAAGGCUUUGCUUUUAGCCCGUUAGCUAUGGAUAUCCUGUUGUUCUUUUCUUGUCCUGUGCUUUCGCUUAGAGAGUUGCCUCGAUGAUUUCACCGGAGGAUGUCUGAAACAAUUUUAAUGGUAGUAAGAUGAGGAGGGUUUAUAUAGGAAGAUUGUUCAUCAGAGUAGGUUUGGGCUGUGAUAUACCCAACCUUGUCCGGGCUGCAUAGCUCCCUUUCUAAAAUUUUCCAUCAACCCAAGUUGAAUGUGCUUUCUACAACCCCCCAUUGCAGUAUGUACCAAGCCAAGUUGAAUCUGCUGCUUAUUACAACACUGCAGUAUUAGUGUUAAGUAUAUUUUUGGGA